CUGAGAGGCUGAAGACUGCAAGAUGCCCGCAAAUCAGGAAUGCAUGGCAAAAGUGGGAAGUAUUGGGAAAUACUCAGCCCUUAGCGUCCUGGCGCUAACUGGCCCUCAGGCUGGGAUUAUGAGAUCUUCCCAUCUAAUUUUUUAGCAAACACUGCUCUGCCUAGAAUGCAAGGAUCAGAGAAGAGGCACGAAGAAUCAACAGAUCUGUUUUAUGAGCUUUAUUAUGGGAGCUUAAACAAGCCUGAGCACCAAGAAUGUGAAGUGUUCCUUGAGAAACGCAAGGGCUCUGUAAUCUGCCUUUGGGUGGCCGACUGGAGUUUCUUUGCUGAAUGGCAGUGGAUGUCGGCAGCAGUGGUGAUUGGGAUGGGCGAUGGAGUCACGUUCAGAAGUUUCUGGAGAGAUCUGGCCCUUUUACGCAUCCUGAUUUCGAAGCGAGUGAUGAGACACUCCAGUUUUUAUUGGAAACAUGCAAGAUUCUAGUGAUCGGAGCAGGGGGUCUUGGCUGUGAGCUGCUAAAGAACCUGGCACUGUCAGGUUUUCGCCAUAUCCACGUCGUAGACAUGGACACCAUUGAUGUGUCCAAUCUGAACAGACAGUUCCUUUUCAGGUCUAAAGACGUAGGUCGGCCCAAGGCUGAGGUGGCAGCUGACUUUGUGAACAGUCGGGUUCCUGGAUGUCACGUUGUACCCCACUUCAAAAAAAUUCAAGAUUUUGAUGAAUCAUUUUACAGACAAUUCCACAUUAUCGUGUGUGGAUUGGACUCUAUCAUCGCUCGCCGCUGGAUGAAUGGAAUGCUGUUGUCACUGUUGGUGUAUGAAGAUGGGGUUUUGGAUCCUAGCUCCAUCAUCCCCCUGAUAGAUGGAGGUACAGAAGGGUUUAAGGGGAACGCAAGGGUUAUCCUGCCUGGAAUGACGGCGUGUAUAGACUGCACACUAGAGCUGUACCCUCCUCAGAUUAAUUUCCCUAUGUGCACUAUUGCAUCAAUGCCACGGCUGCCUGAACACUGCAUCGAGUAUGUGAGGAUACUGCAGUGGCCCAAAGAAAAGCCAUUUGGAGAUGGUGUGGCUCUGGAUGGUGAUAAUCCUGAACACAUUCAGUGGGUGUUUCAGAACUCUCUGGAAAGAGCAGCUGAGUUCAGCAUCACUGGAGUUACCUAUAGACUCACUCAAGGAGUGGUUAAAAGAAUCAUCCCUGCUGUUGCGUCCACCAACGCAGUCAUCGCUGCUGCUUGUGCUACAGAAGUUUUUAAGAUUGCUACAAGUGCUUAUAUUCCUUUGAAUAAUUAUCUGGUGUUCAAUGAUGUGGAUGGGUUGUAUACUUAUACCUUUGAGGCAGAGCGAAAGGAAAAUUGCUCAGCAUGUAGUCAAGUUCCUCAGAAACUGCAGUUUCCACCCUCUGCUAAACUACAGGAAGUACUGGAGUAUUUGACAGAGAAUUCCUCUCUACAAAUGAAAUCUCCAGCCAUCACUGCAACGCUUGAAGGCAAAAAUAAAACGCUGUACUUACAGACCGUCGCCUCAAUUGAAGAAAGAACAAGGCCAAAUCUCUGCAAAACAUUGAAAGAGCUGGGAUUGGCUGAUGGACAGGAGUUAGCUGUGGCUGAUGUGACCACCCCUCAAACAGUCCUCUUCAAGCUCAACUUCACAUCCUGAACACAGCCCAUAUAUCAGACCCUUCCUGAUUGAGUACUGCAGUGAAGCAGUGAAGUCUCUCCACAGUUUACUUGUGUGACUGCCUCUCCUUUACAGAACUAACCUAUUAGCUGUAAUUAAUAUUUAAGUAUCUGUUUUAUUCUGUAAAUAAGGCUGAUUCUGGGUACACCUGUAAUGUUUUGUGUGCUUAUUCAGUCCCUCUGAGAAUCUCCUUUUGAAGUCUCGUCACUUCAAAGUGUAGUCAUCAUUUGAAGAUAAACCUCUGUUGUCAUUUUACCACCUACACAAGCCACGAGCGAGCGUCUGAAGAAGUUGCUGGCACAGACAGUAUUUUGCACUGGUGGUACAGAUUUCUUUGGAAGCUCACGCUGAUGCUUGGCGUCUUUAUCAGGAGCUUUUGUUCAUCUCGUCAAAUGUACAUAUCACCGGUCAAUCAUAUGUGUGACGGUAAACAUCAUCUGUAAUUAAAAACACAAACAGUAUUUUGCAGAAGGUCUUGAAUGCUGUCUAGUGCACUUCCACCACACUACUGCAAUUUCCAUGUCACUGCUAUGCUUAGAAUAGUCUACCACCCAAAUAAUGUCGGUCAGAAGUGGUCCCGGGGGGUAGAAACUGACUUAAAGAAUGGGGCAGAGGGCAGCUGACACUGCUUGACAAUAGAUGGGCUGCAGUCUGUACAGACAUACAGGACUUGUAAGGUCAGCAGAGCUCGUUAAGUUGUCAGUAAGUGGACGUGCAACGUAGGUGUUUUUAAUAAAGUGGACAGUGAAUCUA